UCCUCCCUCCCACCCUCUCGCAGUCGCAGAUUCCCACCCUCGUCUCAUCCUCUCCACACGCGCACAUACGCACUUCCAUGGCCGCCGCCUCCCCUCCUCCCAGCUCCGCCUCCUCGCGCCUUUUACGGACUUUGCGAGCGUACGUGUGCUAGGGUGGAUCGCGCAAGAGCAGAGGCGUACGUCUUGGUUUGUCGUUAAGGGAGGAGCUAGGCCGUGGUGUGGGGUGGAGCUAGCUGGGGGAUAACCCGAUGAGGCGAACGACGAGCUUGACGGAGGUCGCGCCGCCGUCGGUGCUGGCGGUGGUGUUGGAGGAAGAGGACGAGGACGAGCAGGUCAAGGCGGUGGUGCAGGCCGAAGAAGGUGGCGCCGGCGGGGGGCAGGACUGGCUGGCGGCCCUAGGCGGCGGCAGCGGUGCCCCCGGGACGGACUGGCUAGCGGCGUACCGCGCGCGCGCGGCGCCGGCGCGGGCGGGGCUCCGGCGGAACUCGGCCGACUACUCCAAGGUCGAGACCGCCGCGUUCCUCCGCCACUGCGGCCUCUGCCGCCGCCUCCUCGGCCCCGGCCGCGACACCUUCAUGUACAAGGGCGAGGCGGCGUUCUGCAGCCUGGAGUGCCGGCAGCAGCACAUAACGCACGAGGAGUGGAAGGACAAGUGCACGUCAAGGUCCAUGAGCGAGGCGGCGGCGCCGGCGACCAGCCGCGGCCGCUCCGGCAAGACCGACACCGGCGGCACGGUGGCGGCGGCCUGACCUGACAGCGCACGAGAGGCAGGCAGGCUAUCAUCUUCCGAAGCUACCUGCCGGCCAGUAGCUCUGGAAGCUCUCGCUUCUCACCGCCCGCUACGCAUGUAUUACUCUCGUACGUACGUACGAACGCCUCCAAUAUGAAUCGCUGGUAAUCGAUCUGUGGAGGCCGUCAGCCACCGCUGGUCGAUCGAUCGACCAUCGCCUCAGUACAACUGCAUAGCUUUUUUAUUAAUUAUUGUAUGUACACUUGGAGCUCGAAUCCGUUUCUGAGAUCGUUC